GUUCAGCAGAGGUGGGGCCUCCAAUCCAUCUGCCUUAAGGCAGAUAGAACAGAUAUUCAACGAAUUCUGAGGUUUCGCACUGUAAUUGGGAUAUUAUUUGGAAAAGUGGAGGAAGUUUAUCAAGCUUUUAACAGAAGGUCUCUUGGUUGGAGUAGCACGGUGGAGAACUAGCCCUCUGGCUAACCGUUUCACUGGAGGUACUGAGACCAAACAUGGCUGGCUAGACAACUGUUUGAGGUCCUGCUCUAAAUGACUUAAGCCUGGGAAGAGCCACCCAGUACCCUUUCUGAUUGGACUGGGAAGUUUGUCUUCACACACCACUGUGCUGAGUGCUGGAGGACGUGUUUCAACAGAUGGUCGGGGUUAGUGUGUGUCAUCACAUUAGAGAAUGGAUUAGAGGAGGAAGGUUGUCUUCCAGGAGCAGUGUGGUCCCCACAAAUACUCUGAGGAGCUCAAGAGCGAGCAACCCACAGCAAGAGAGAUCCACUCCAUGAGCAAGACUGACAUCCAGAUUGCGUUGUGAGGAUUCCAGCCUUCUGAUUCCUGUUCACACUCCCCGGUUUGCAGUCCCAUGAUGCAGCUGGUGAGCCUGGCCUGGAUGAUGGUCCUGGCCACCCCACUGGUCUGCUUUGGUUUCACCACACGUGGUCAGGGCCUGCGUGGGCGGGUUCAAGGUGACCGCCGAAACAUCAGACCCAACAUCAUACUCAUCAUGACAGAUGACCAGGAUGUGGAGUUGGGCUCAUUGCAGGUGAUGAAUAAAACUCGCAAGAUCAUGGAGGACGGUGGAACCUCAUUUACAAAUGCGUUUGUAACUACGCCCAUGUGCUGUCCAUCACGCUCUUCCAUGCUGACUGGGAAGUAUGUCCACAACCACAACACGUACACCAACAACGAAAACUGUUCCUCGCCUUCCUGGCAAGCUCAGCAUGAGCCGCGCUCCUUUGCCGUUUAUCUCAACAACACUGGAUACAGGACAGCUUUCUUUGGGAAGUACCUCAAUGAGUACAACGGCAGCUACAUCCCACCUGGGUGGCGCGAAUGGGUGGGGCUGAUCAAAAAUUCCCGUUUCUAUAAUUACACCGUCUGUCGGAAUGGGAACAAGGAGAAGCACGGCGCGGAUUAUGCCAAGGACUACUUCACUGAUCUGAUUACCAACGACAGCAUCAGCUAUUUCCGAAUGUCCAAGCGCAUGUACCCGCAUCGGCCGGUGAUGAUGGUGAUCAGUCAUGCAGCGCCUCAUGGCCCGGAGGAUUCAGCACCCCAGUACUCCGAGCUCUUCCCAAACGCUUCCCAGCACAUAACUCCCAGCUAUAACUAUGCACCAAACAUGGAUAAACACUGGAUCAUGCAGUACACCGGCCCGAUGAAGCCGAUUCACAUGGAGUUCACCAACUACCUGCACAGGAAGAGGCUCCAGACGCUGAUGUCUGUAGAUGACUCUGUGGAAAAGAUAUAUAAUGUCCUGGUCGAUACCGGGGAGCUGGAUAAUACCUAUAUCAUUUACACAGCUGAUCAUGGUUACCACAUUGGCCAGUUUGGCCUUGUCAAGGGCAAGUCUAUGCCCUAUGAUUUUGACAUCAGAGUACCGUUUUUUGUCAGAGGUCCUGAUGUGGAACCAGGGGCAAGGAACAACCAUCUUGUGCUAAACAUUGAUCUCGCACCCACAAUCCUGGACAUAGCUGGCCUGGACACUCCACCUGAUAUGGAUGGCAGAUCUGUCCUGAAGCUUCUGGAGCAGGAAAAGAAUGGGAAUAGAUUCAAGCCCAACCGGAAACCCAAAGUCUGGCGGGACACAUUCCUCGUGGAGCGGGGCAAAAUCCUGCGCAAGAAAGAUGACUCAGGAGGCAACUUGGACACACAACACUCCAACAGCUUACCCAAGUACAAGAAGCUGGAGGAGGUGUGUCAGCAGGCAGAGUAUCAGACGCCCUGCGAACAACCAGGACAGAAAUGGCACUGUGUGGAGGAGGUCAGUGGGAAGUGGCGUUUGCAGAAGUGUAAGGGCUCUCUGAAGGAAGGAUCCAAGAAGAGGGCGAGGAGUCUGCGCUCUCGAAGCUACGACAGCCGCGAGAAAAACUGCCACUGCGGAGACCGGCCUUACAAAUCUGCCAAAGCAGCACGGCGGGCGCAGAGACAGUUUGCCCAGAGCAGUAAUCCACGCUACAGACCUCGCUUUGUUCACAUGCGGCCAGCCAGAUCCCUGUCCGUAGAGUUUGAGGGUGAAAUCUAUGAUGUGGACCUGCAGGCUGAUGACAAAACCCCCCUUGAGCCCCGACCAAUCAGCAAACGGCACCAUGACCCUGAGGGAGGUUUUGAUUCAGACUUUGGGCUGGAGUCCGAUGACAGAUCGGAGGAGAUGCAGUCAGAUGACACUAAUGCUGUGGGAUACUCCAAUUCUCUUAAAGUCACCCAUAAAUGUUUCAUAUUAAUGAAUGACAGUGUGCACUGUGAAAGAGAGAUUUACCAGUCCUCCAGAGCAUGGAAAGACCACAAGAACUUUGUGGACCAAGAGAUUGAACUUCUCCAGGAUAAAAUGAAGAAACUGCGUGAGGUCAGAGGCCAUUUGAAGAGGAGGAGACCGGAUGAGUGUGACUGUGGAAAGAAGAGCUACUUUAGCAAAGAGAGAGAGCAGAAACACAAACCCGAAAGAUUGAAGAAUAGUAAUGACUAUCUCCAUCCCUUUAAAGAGGUCAUGCAGGAAGUGGACAGCAAGACUCAACUCUACAACGAAAUCCGCCGCAGAAAGAAAGAGAGGAAGGAGAGGAAGAGGAAAAAGAAGGGUGAUGACUGCAGUUUUCCUGGCCUCACCUGCUUCACACAUAAUAAUGACCACUGGCAGACCGCCCCCUUCUGGAACUUGGGUGGCUUCUGUGCCUGCACAAGCUCUAACAACAACACAUACUGGUGUCUGAGAACGAUCAAUGAAACCCACAACACACUCUUUUGUGAAUUUGCCACUGGUUUCCUGGAGUACUUUGACCUAAACAGUGACCCAUACCAGUUAACCAACGCAGUUUAUACAGUGGAGAGGGACGUCCUGAGCCAACUGCAUUUACAGCUGAUGGAGAUGAGGAGCUGUCAGGGCCACAAGCAGUGCAACCCGAGGCCAAAAGGCUUAGAUACAGAACACAGCCAGCCUGGGACGUCCACAAAGGUUAAGCUGCCCAAUUUCACAGAGGACAUCGACUGGCAGGGACUGGCAGAUUUGUACUGCAUGAACGAGAGUCUGUACGAACACAGACACAACUACAGUCCCGACCUGGAUGACUGGACAAACUUUUGGAAGGAUGUCGAUUCUAUGUUUGCACUGCUGAGAAAUGUAAAGACACUCAACCAAACCGAUAAGCUUGACCCUCUGGCUGAGCUGGGCUCCGGGGUCCUGGAGGAGGCCAGCGGUGCUGGAUUCCCGAUUCGAGAGGAACGCCCCCUGAUUCCUGUCACCGAAGGUCCCUCGAGAGGUCCAACAACCAAAACUCUUCAGAAGAGUAAUUUAAAGUCUCCUAAUGAACUCCCAGAAGGCCGCCAAAUCAAACCGAGCGCUCUUCCCAGGGGAGACACCUGGAUUCAACAACUGGAAAAAGAGUUGGACAAUGAUGGAAUGACGUUUAGCGGCAACGGCGUCACUGAACUGGAGACCCGCCAUGACUUUCUGUUGCGCAGCUCUAAAAUUCUGGAUCGCCAACUGCUGGAAGAAGAGGAGGACAUUUUUCAGGCCCAGGGUUACCUUCCCCUCUUGUUGCAGCCAGCUAGACCCCCAGAGCCCACUGGGGAAACUCCUCCAGCCCAGAGUGACAGCCCACUGGAGAAGUGGAAUGGAAGCAUCAGACCUUUUACCCACAAGCCCAGCGAUGUUCAAGACUCGGAGGGUAGCGCCUCGGGAGCAUCCCCUUUGAGAAAGGACUGCUGCCCUGCACUGUGAAGCCAGCCAACUCAGAGACACAAACCCCACGGAGCAUGGACUGCUCUCCUGUAUAAUCCAAUCAAUUAUUUUAUUUUUUAAAAGUGCUUCCAUUUAUUAGAAAUCAGUGUUAUGUAUUUUGUCUAUAUAUAUAUAUAUAAAUGUAGAGGUAAAGUAUCGGAUGCAUCUUAAAUGUUGGGUUUGGUUUUAAAUCUCAAGUGGGAAAACGCCACCAAAGUAAGGUUUUAAUAUAUUUUUAAGUAAAAGAAAACGGUUCAAAUGGUGAAACAGUCUCAUUCAGUCUUGAAUUAACCACAUGCAGAUUGUUUCCCCAGAUGUUUGAUGCACUUUUUAAAGUUUCUCGAAUUCAACACAUCCUGGCAGUCUCAUUUAGAUGUAAACAACUCCACGGUGACACCCAGGACACAACAUAAGUCAUUAUUUGUUGGAUACACUUUUGUUCAUUGAGUAUUGUUGGUGUUUUCUUCAAUGUUUACUGCAUCUUUUUAGGUUCAGGUCACUGUUAACACUCUAAACACUGCUUGAACAUGUUUUAUACACUUGGAUUGUUGGUUUAAUGGCUUGACUUGUUGGUAAAAUGGUUCUCUCACAAAUGUUGUAUAGUUCAGCUGCAUUCAGUCCAUUUAAUGAAAAAAGGGCAUUCACCGGAAGUGCUUUAAUCAUUGAUGACUAACAUUUUCACUAAACUACAAAAAUUAAUCACGUUAAAAUAGCUUGUUUCCUUUGUGAAGAAUGUGAAAUGGGCAUUUAUUCUGAGUUUUCUGGCCAUUUUCCUCCUGUCUUUUUAGAAUUGCAAUGUCUCAAUUUAUUUUUGAAAAAAAAAAAAUGGUUUGAUUAUGAGAUGAAUAUGAGAUGACCUGCCAAAUUUGCAAACAUUACAUAACUUUUUAAGCAGUGGUGUUGAAACUAUUCUGGCUUCUGGAAAGCCAAGAAGCUGUUUUGAAAUAAAAAUCAGCCAAACAUUGUUUCACCUA